UAGUGAUUCGGCCGCAUAUCAGCUCUUUGCAAAGCAAGGGAGUAAUGCUUCUAAAGGAUCAAAGAGCUUCCGCGAAACUUGUAACGAUCUCUGUAUGGGUUAUUUAGAAACUUUUGCGAGAGACGAUCAGGUCAAAUUCCAAGGGACAGAGCAAAAAAAAGCUGAAUGUACCUCAUUUUCGGUACUAGAUCCCAGUGUCAUCCCCUUAAAGCUUUCAGUUUCAAUGGAUCAGUAUACCUCCACAGCCUCCCAAAUAGUUACAGUCCCUCACAAUGUCCAGCAGAUUUGGUCAGAGGGAACAACGAUUAUCCCACCAUUGUUUCAUCUGAAUCUGAGAGAUGCGAAUCCCAGUUUGAAUCUCCUAAAGAAAAAAGUGCAGAUACUCCUUUUCCAGGUACAAAUCAUUGUCAAGCUCUGGGUUUGGGCAGUCAAGCAUUGACGAAAUAAUUUCUCCCUCCAAUUUUGCUGCUUCAAAACCUCUGAGUUGUAGUGGUAUUGGGGCUUUCAACAGAAGGGAGAUUUUUUCUUGUGAUAGUACAUUGGAAAUGGACUUUCCUGCUUAUCAGGAGAGAGUUGCUACUCUAAAAGGUGAGGAGAGAAAAAGUCAGAGAUUAGAAAUUGUCACGAAUGUCGAAUCUUUGCCUAUAGUUAAAUGCCAACGGAAAGCUGCUGAAGGAAGUAAUUUUGCCCAAGGUUCUCUUUUAAUGCUCGAAAAGGAUGGGCUCAACCAAAAUGAGCUAGACGAGAGUGAUGACGACGAAGAUUCACCUUGUUGGAAAGGACUGAAACUUUCACCAUUUGCAUUUAGAGAAUCUGAAGCUUCAGAUCAUCAACUUGAUGAAGCUCCUGAUAUUAAACUUCAUGAAAAUCGAUUGGAUGCAAGAAAAAGUUUGAAUCCCCUAGCACCUGUUUUUGUUCCUCAAAAUUUCGAACAUAAGUUGUGUCUCAAGGAGAUCGAAUGUGCACAGAAUGAUUCCUUGUCUUUCCAAAAGUGUGCAUCUUCUGCUCCUAUCCCAUUGUCUGAAGUACAGACAAUGCAAUGUGACAACAUGGCAGGACUCUCCAAUUGGGAAGGACUGAAGGUAAUUGGCCCUCAGCGCAGGGCCGAUAUGCAUAAACCUGGCCCAGAACCUCUUCUGAAGGGAAAGACGUGUAGCUUUGCUAAGGUUGAUUAUGGUGUCACAUCACCAUUUCUUAAGGAGGAUUUUGUUACACAUACCAGUAAUUUUGGCAGGGGAACAAAUCUUGAAGUUCCAGGGAACAUUAUCAAUGAUAUCACAUUUCCCAAUGCAACUAGUGUUUCUGUCUCUGCAGUGGUGCAUGUCUCCGAGGCAAAGUCACUUGAACAGUGGUCUUCUUUAGGAGUUGGAGAGCCCUCUUACACUGAGGCUCGUUCCAAUGUAUCUGAACUAGUGUCCACAUCACCAAGGACAGAAGUGGAUGUACUCGUGAAUGCGAUGCAUUCUCUGUCAGAAUUGCUUAUAGAUAAGUGUGUGAACGGAUGCAUGCUGAGUGAUGUUAUGCAUGACAGAAUCCAGGUUGUAAUCAGCAAUCUCUCAAAUUGCGCAAAACAGAGGGAGAGACAGUGGACAUCUUUGGAUGGAUCAAAUAUUCCCGGGAUCUUGAGCUUUUCAAACAAGUCCACUUAUGCAUGCAUGAAUACUGAUUCAGUGCUGUCAAAUAAAGAGUUGCAGGAUGCUCGUUCUCUGGUCAGCAAUAUAAGCAGUGGGAUUCCCCAGUUCAAUGAUAAGAGUAUGGAAGCUGGUUAUGUUGAGGACCGAAUGAGUCCCCAGACUAUAUUAUAUAAGAACCUAUGGCUUGAAGCGCAAGAGGCAUUACAUGCAAUGAAGCACAAGGCAUAUGUUGCACGUAUAAAGUCCAAGACAUAGUUUCACCAGAGAGAACACUUAAGUUUCGCUUGAUGGUAGAAGCUUGAUUUUGCAGGUGUUAAUGGAUCAAGUAACAAAAGGCUGGCUCGACAGAAAAAAGACAUGUCACUCUAUCCACGUGUCAUAUGGCAACUCAGCAUGUUGGUAACUUUCCUAUUGAACUUUUGAUGAGAUGAAAUGAUUGAAAUCAUUUGGAAGGACAAUGACCUGAUUGGAGGUUUUAAGUUCGGUGACCUGAAAGAACGUAGCUGCAAAUUUGGAUUAUUGUCCGAGUAUCUUGCCUUGAUUUUGCUGUAUGAGAAUAUGAGCUAUUCUUUGCCGCUCAGAGUGAAAGUCAUUAUGAGACUUUGAGAGUUUGUAUUUGAUCGUAGAUGUUAGCGGUCUAGAGAUGGUGGGGAAGGGGAACUACACGUGUUUGAGAUGACAAAAGAAACUGUAACCCACGCACAAGUUUAUGUUUGUGCAUUGUUCAUGAGAGCAUAUGAUUGCCCUUGAUGGCUCAAAUGGUCCGGCCGGAUAUGCAUGUUUUGUUUCAUUA